AAGUAGUAAGGUUGCCUUCACACUGUAGAGAUACUUCCAAAUGAUCAGUAACCUGAAAUGAAUACCUGACUUUGCAUGAUGAAUCUGAAUAUCGUCAGUACUUCAUCAUUUUUACGUCCAUUGUUGAACCUUCGGAUAUAAACUCUUUGUUUUGUUAAAGGGAAUUUCAAGGACAGUUAUUGAUAAUUUUUUAAAUGAGUUUUUAGUAACCAUGAUAAAAAGAGACUCACAGUGUAACUUACUUUUCAAAAUUAUUCUGAUAGGAGAUUCCGGUGUAGGCAAAACGAAUUUGCGUUCACGCUUUACGAACGAUGAGUUCAACCUGGAAAGCAAAAGCACAAUCGGCGUUGACUUUGCCACAAAGAAUGUUACAAUUGACGGUAGGACUGUGAAGGCGCAAAUAUGGGAUACUGCUGGUCAAGAAAGAUAUCGCGCUAUAACUUCUGCCUAUUACCGUGGUGCUGUCGGUGCACUAUUAGUUUAUGAUAUCUCAAAACCACAUACAUUUUUAAAUCUGGAUAGAUGGUUAGAAGAGUUGCGAGAAUAUGCUUCAGAGGAUAUUGUCAUUAUACUAGUUGGGAAUAAAUGUGAUUUAAAACAUUUGCGAUGUAUCCUGACUGAAGAUGCCCAACGAUUUGCUGAACAACAAGGCAUGUCAUUUAUUGAGACGUCAGCGUUGGAUUCUGUCAAUGUUGAAGAGGCAUUUUAUCAAACACUUAAAACUAUUUAUAAUGUGGUCAGUAGUCAUCCAUCCUUUAAUGAACAAGAGGCGAGUAUUUCACCAACCAAUAAUCUUCCCAUCGAAAAACCAAGUAUAAAGGAACCGGAAAGAAGGAAAUUUUGUUGUAUGUAAAUAGAGUAGAAAAGAAUUUCUUUCUAUUUUUAAAAUUUCAAAAAGAACAACGACGAACUUUUACAAGUUUUCAAAACAUUCUGUGAUAUAUAUAAACGCACAAUGUUCAAUGUCCAAUUAUUAUCAACCGACAGACUACAUGAAUCAGUCAGUCUCUGACAAAGAACAAAGAUUAUUUACAUUCUCACUGUGAAUAUUUCUUUAUGUAUUAUUUUAGUAAGAUUAUUCAGAGUGGAAUAUAGAAAAACAACAGUUGAGAUUAUGUUUCUUACAGUAAACAGUUUAUUUAUUGGCUCUCAUAAUUAUUUAUCAUUACUGAAACCUUUGUAUUCCCCGUCUGUGUGUGUGCGUGUAUUUGUACGUGUAUGUCUGUGAAUAUUUCUUUAUAUAUGGACUUAGUUACCCGCUUGUUUUUGGUCACGUCAAUACCACAGUAGAGUACAAUGCAUAUCAUUUUUCCAAAACAAAAACGUAUACAUCGCAACAUACACACAUAUUUAUCCUUUGUACACAAACACACUAAACUGAUUUAUAUUCCUUUUUUAUGCUCAUAAUUUUCUUUGAAAAAUUCAAUAGUAAUCAAUAAUAUUAUGUUGUUUGCAUGUUUG